GAGUAGACUAGAGUGUAAGAGGUAGAGAGAGAGAGAGAGAGCGCUCCUCUUCCUUUCUCUUUUUUCCCUUUUGCUUUUCAGCUCUGGGAAGACGCCCUCUCCCUUUCUCUCCAGUCCUACUAAAACAUCAAAAUAUCCAACGAAACGUAAAAAAUGGCUGAAGACUUGAAGAGAAACGGCGCUUUAGCUCUCUCCUUGAAGCAAUCUUCCGAUGAUCGGAAGCUUUCGUUGGCGGCAUCAGCCAGCAAGAGGGUCAUCAUCAAGAGCGCCGAUAUGAAGGAUGACAUGCAGAAGGAGGCCAUCGAUAUAGCCAUCGCCGCUUCGGAGAAUCACAGUGUGGAGAAAAACAUUGCGGAGUAUAUCAAGAAGGAGUUCGAUAAGAAGCAUGGACCUACCUGGCAUUGCAUUGUCGGUCGCAAUUUCGGUUCAUAUGUGACUCAUGAAACAAACCAUUUUGUUUACUUCUAUUUGGACCAAAAGGCAGUCUUGCUGUUCAAAUCUGGUUGAGAGUGGUGAUGAUGUUGACUAAGACAACAAAGAUGAUGGUGAGUUUGCCUAUCCACAAAAGAAAAAAAAAAGGGAGAAACUAAGAUUAUGGCCAGUUUAUGUUUAUGAUGUUAUUGGUGGCACCUAUGCGUAUUACUUGAAAGAGUUUGUUCUUUGAUACUUAGCUGGAGCAAUCAAACCUUUUGCACCAGCAGCCUUGAACUGGUGGAAAACCUGUUAUUGCCAGCUGGAUUUGAAAGAAACCAGUUGCAAUGUCGCAGCUAGUUUUUUGCUAGAUCUUAUAUGACGGAAAAUGCUGCUAAAUGCAAAAUUGGUGUGCUUUGGUCUGGUGAUGGAUCAGUUAUAAAUCAUAAUCGAGAGCCCCUAAAUGCAAAAUUUCAAACUGGACAUUGGUGUGCUUAACUUCUAUAUUUAUUUGUACUUGAGUUGGGUAAUGGACUUCAUCUGACAUUUUUUUUUUCUUUUUGAUACUACUUUUAGACAUUUUGUUCUUGCUCAUGAUGAUCCUCAAAUUUGUUAGUGAAAAUUAAACCUUGAAGCUAGUUUCAAGUCAUGCGGUGCUUUGAUCGCCCAGAAAAGUUGAAAAUCUACGUUUUGCAUACGAUUUGGAAUGAGCAUGUUGGGGGUCUUCUAGUGGUAUUUCUGUUUAGAGUGUUUUUCUAGCACCGUUCAGAAUGAGGAUGCAUUAAGAUUUCAAUAAAUAAUGACCCUGUUUCUAUAUCUAUUUGGUGAUCCUGAUGCAUGUUCACACUACAAUACCAACUUUUUUGUUGUCAAAACACAAGUGGGAUAUAGAUCAUCAUGCGGGGUGGUUGUAUUGGCUCUUGAAUAUGUUUAGUUUAAAUUAAUGCUUUCAAAAUUUAUGGAGAAUGAGUUCGGUGGCCCAUCAACGACUUGUUUUCUACUCAAGAAACUUCUUCAGCUAUACCACUUACAAAAACAUGGCAUUCACACAAUAUAUGGUAGUGGUCAGAUCCAACCAUGAGGUUGCUCUUUUCUUCAAGUGUCUUAACUAUAAACUGGAGGGAUCAAGACAAACAAAUGUUAAUCUUAUGACAUGUGAUCUUUCACUGUUAACAAUCAGAAUCUACAAUGCACUGCUUCAGUGCAUUUUUUCUUAUGUCAUCUUAUGACAUGUAAUCUUCACUGCUAAAACAACAAUGGUCUAUGCACAGCGUCAAUGCUUUUAUUAAAAUUUCAUGCAUUGAAUGUGGCAAAACAGUAGAGGACAAGCAUCCUUAUAUGCAAGAAGAAAUUGUUCUUGCAACCUGCUAGAUUUACAGACCUUGCAUUACCGGUCAAGAUGUCAAGGGGGUUAAGUUCUGACAUACCUUAAAAUUAAGGUAAGCAGUGAAGCUGACUUACCUUUUAAAAUCAAGGGAAAAGGAACAUCAGCUUGUAGAAGCAAUUUGUGAAAUUUGCUUACAUAUUUUGCUUAUACAAAUGCAAAACAUGCUUUGCUAAUAGUAGCUUAUAACAAAUUGAUGCAGAAGUCAUCUAUAACCAGUACCAACUAGUCCGCAGAUCAGCAAAUCCCGUCUUUUCUUAUGUCUGAAAAUCUGACUGAAUAAGCUGACUUGGGCCUGGUAUCAAACAUAGUUCAAGGGCACUUUUAUUGCAGAAGUACCUUUGUAAUUUGUAAACCAUAACAUCGAUGUUAUCCAACUUAGAAUGUCCAUACAAAAUCAUACCAGAGUGUGUUCUUACACAUUCAUGUUACUGGAAGAAAGUAUUAUUUGAUUGUAGAGAAGACGCCCUGACUACUUUGUUUUCUGGUUUCAUUGACAGGUUCAUACAUGACUCAGAUAAACUACUUUGUUUGCUUCUAUUUGGAUCAAAAAGCAGGCUUGCUGCUCAAAUCUGAUUGACCUUGGUGAUAAUACUGUUGAUGAAGAAGAUGACAAUGAUGUUGGUGGAUUUAUGAUUAUGAUGCUAUAGGUAGUACAUUUAUGUACUAGUUGAAAACCCUAGCCAGCAAAAUCUCUAGCAGGACAUCCAUGUGCUUAACUUGUAUAUUUGCUUGUACUUGAAUUGGAUUUCAACUUUGAACUAAACCUUAUUGUCAGUGCCUCACUUGAUUGUUUCUUUUGGA